AUGGAGAACUAUAGGACUCCUAAGAAUUGUGACCAAUUUCUUUCCCCCCGGGUAAACCCUGAGAUUUGGGCGAGAUUGCAAAGUUCUGUCAAAAGAACAGAUAUCAAAUCCUCUGUCUUGCAAGAUAUCUUGCUAAGUGUAUCCUCUCCUAUAAUAAAUACAAUGGAGGCUUUGCUUCAGAGCAGAGAAAAGAAAGCCUCGUCAAAUUAUAAGGCACUUUUGUCAAAUUUUUCAGAUUCUAAUGCCCUCCUAGGGCAUGCGCACAGAGAAAUGUCAUUUAAUCGUAGAGAUGCACUUCGGUCUCACCUAAAUCCGGAAUUUCGGCAAGAAUUCUCCCUGGUUGUUAAGCCCACAGGGUUCUUAUUUGCGGAUGAUCAAUCCAAGACCAUCCAAGAUAUUCGAGCCACAAACAAAGUCGUUAAUACCGUGACCCAGGGAACUCCUUACAAUCGUGAGUCAUCCCGAUUCCAGAGCCCCCAACCAUAUCGAAUACAGCCCGAAAACCUUUUUUAUGGCAAAGGG